AAAUCUUCUGUAAAAUAAAAGCCACUGGACUCUCUCUCUCACUCACUCACUAAUAGAGGGGCUAGCCAUCCAAGACGGCGACCAUGGCGGAGUCGCGGGCAGACACUGCCACAGUCGCCCACUACCCUCAUCCGCCGGCAGCGAGCACCAGCAACGUCACAGACAGCAAGUGGGGCCCCUACUCCAGCUUCGGGGAUUUUGGCGCCAACAUGGCCAUCGUCCUCGCCUCCCUCUUCUGCACCACCCUCCUCGCCUUCUCCCUCGCCGCCGCAGUCCGACUCCUCCUCCGCCGCCUCCGACGGCGGUGCCAGCCUCUCGAGAAACCGGAGAUGGAGGCGGAGCUACCGGUGACAGCUCCGGCUUUGGUGUUCUCUGCGAGGGGGACGAAGCUGGCCGGGGCGGCGCCAGAGUGCGCCAUCUGCCUAGCGGAGUUUGCGGAGGGAGACGCCGUGCGGGUGCUGCCGGCGUGCGGCCACGGUUUCCACGUCCUGUGCGUCGAGCAGUGGCUGGUGACGAGGAGAACGUGCCCGACGUGCCGCCGGACCUGCCGUGACGAAGAGGUGAAACAAUCGCCUGUCGGUGGGCAGGAGCCGGCGCAAUUAGUACUGGUCGGCUUUCAUUAACGUCAUAACUACGUUCGGCUGGCUUUUCCAUUUUGUGCCCUAAUUCUAAUGCAUCUCUUCUACUUUUUUUUUUUUUUUUUACUUGAUUCAUGUGGUUUCAUCAAAAAAAAAAAAAAAAAUCCUUCUUUGUAAAUAAUUUUUCAUUCUUAAUUUACAGAUUUAAAAUUA